CUGUCAUAUUAAUUGUGACAUGCAAACAUAGAGCUACUAAGAGCUUUAGAGACACACACAGAGAGAGCUCAGAAAAUUUGAAGAUGGGAGAACAGAGUAUAUGUAGUGCUGUGUGCAAAGGGCUCAUCAAAGCAAAACCAUUCUUGGCUAUGGUGUCUCUGCAAUUUGGAUAUGCAGGAAUGUACAUUGUUACUAUGGUUUCUUUUAAGCAUGGCAUGAGCCAUUAUAUUCUUGCUCUCUAUCGUCAUAUUGUUGCCACUCUCGUCAUUGCUCCUUUUGCACUUGUUCUUGAAAGGAAAAUAAGGCCAAAGAUGACACUCCCUAUUUUCCUUAGAAUAACGGUUCUUGGUUUUCUCGAACCAGUGCUUGAUCAGAAUUUAUACUACGUUGGGAUGAAGUCCACAUCAGCAACAUUUGCAUCUGCAUCAGUCAAUGUCCUUCCAGCCAUAACCUUUAUUCUAGCAAUUAUUUUCAGGUUGGAGAAGGUAAACAUAAAGAGGGUACAUGACAUAGCCAAGAUUAUGGGAACAUGUGUUACAGUUGCAGGAGCAAUGGUGAUGACUUUGUACAAAGGUCCUAUUCUUAAUUUCUUAACCUCACAUGGAGCUGGAAGCCACCAUGGAAGCACCACAUCUACUGAACCUAAUGACCAACAUUGGGUUACCGGAACUUUAAUGCUCCUAGCCAGUUGCUGUGGCUGGGCAAGUUUCUUUAUAUUGCAAUCAUUUACUUUGAAGAAAUACCCAGCGGAGCUCUCUCUCACAGCUUUGAUAUGCUUAAUGGGUGCGGUUCAAGGAGCUGCUGUGUCACUUGUAAUGGAACGUGACAUGAGUGCUUGGAAAAUAGGAUUUGACUCUAGGUUUCUUGCUGCUGCUUACUCUGGAAUCGUUUGCUCUGGAGUUGCAUAUUAUGUGCAAGGUAUGGUAAUUAAGGAAAGAGGCCCUGUUUUUGUCACCUCUUUUAGCCCUCUCUGCAUGAUUAUAACUGCAGCCUUAGGAACCAUAAUCCUAGCUGAGCAACUUCGCCUUGGAAGUAUAAUUGGAGCAAUUCUUAUAGUUAUUGGGCUUUACACUGUUGUGUGGGGUAAAACCAAGGAUAAGAGAAUCUCAGCAACACCAGCUUUGACAAAUGAGAAAGAAUUGCCAAUUACUACUAAAUCAUCAUCAACUACCAAUUUUGAUAAUGGAAUUAAUCCAGUGGUGUCAGCUUGAAAUAAAUUAAUUAGUGUAUAAUCACAAGUUUGGGCAAUAUAUAUGUUUCAAUAUGCAUUAUAUAUCCCUCACUUGUUGCUAAUUUUAAUGUAUUUUGAUUUUGAUCACCGGUAAGUAUAAAUGCGUACUCAUUAAUCUCGUUUCGAGAUAUGUAACUGACUCUCUAUAUAAAUGUUUUUCUACGGAUUGAACACUAA